CUCUCAUCGCUUUCUCAUACCCUAAACUUCAUAGGUCAAACAUCCCGCACAAUUUUCUCUCUCUCUAAACUAACACGGUUUUGACUAAAAAAAUAUAUAUGGAAAUUAAGAAAAAAAAAUCAAAACUUUUUUUUUUUUUUUUGUAUUUUAUUUUCCGGGAAAACUAAAUCAGAUCGGACCGAUCCACCAAUGAAAAAGCUCCUUGCAAACUGGGAAAAAAAUCUUACACAAAAAAAAAACACAAACAGAAGCAAAGGCACAAAAAAAUAAAAAAACAAUUUUUUUCUUUUAGUUUCUCUCUCUUCCAUUUUCCCUCCCCCUGUGUCCUUUGUCUGACUCUCUCUCUUGAUGCAUGGGAGAGAAAGUGAUUGCUGACCCGUAAACCCAACCUGAUUGUUUGAUUUAAAUCUUUGAUUAAAUUGAGAAAAGAAAAAAAAAAGAAGAAACAAACCCGUUUGUUGAAUCUCCAAUGCGGUCUUCGAGAAGACCACAAAGAAGAAGCAGAACAGAUUUGAGGAAAACCCACAGAAAUAGAUCUAAAAUUGGUUGUGAAUCUUCGUCUCAAUCAGAAAGUCAUUGUCGGUGGGCGAUUGGUGCGACUGGGUUUGGAUCUGAUGGUGGGUAUUGUAAGCCUAUGGAUGGUAGUAGAUGUCAUAGCUUCGAGUUUGGGUGGCUUUGCUUUUGCUAGCGUGAAGAAAGGGCUGCAUAGACGACGAUGCAGCUUCACUUCUCGCCUAGCAUGAGAAGCAUCACGAUCUCGAGCAGCAAUGGGUUUAUUGACUUGAUGAAGAUCAGGGUCGCAGCUCGCCACAUCUCUUAUCGAACCCUCUUCCAUACCAUCCUCAUCCUCGCUUUCUUGUUGCCCUUUGUCUUCAUUCUCACUGCUGUUGUCACACUUGAAGGUGUCAACAAGUGCUCCUCAUUUGAUUGUUUAGGCAGGCGGUUGGGACCAAAGCUUCUUGGUAGGGUUGAUGAUUCAGGGAGACUGGUGAAAGACUUCUACAAGAUCCUCGACCAAGUGAGCACCGAAGAUAUCCCAGCUGAUCUAAAGCUCCCAGAUUCUUUUAGUCAACUUGUUUCUGAAAUGAAGAACAACCAGUAUGAUACAAAGACGUUUGCUUUCAUGUUAAGGGCAAUGAUGGAGAAAUUUGAAAGAGAGAUCAGAGAGUCCAAGUUUUCAGAGCUAAUGAACAAACAUUUUGCGGCAAGCUCCAUACCUAAAGGCAUCCACUGCCUGUCCCUGCGUUUGACUGAUGAAUACUCAUCCAAUGCCCAUGCACGCAAACAAUUGCCUCCACCAGAGUUACUUCCUCUGCUAUCUGAUAACUCUUACCACCAUUUUGUCCUGUCAAGUGAUAAUAUUUUGGCUGCUGCAGUUGUUGUUGCGUCUACUGUGCAGUCAUCUCUAAAACCUGAGAAGAUAGUCUUCCAUGUCAUUACUGACAAGAAAACAUAUGCGGGCAUGCAUUCUUGGUUUGCACUGAAUCCUAUUUCCCCUGCUAUCAUUGAAGUGAAAAGCGUGCACCAGUUUGACUGGUUAACAAGAGAAAAUGUCCCGGUACUUGAAGCUGUAGAAAAUCAAAAUGGGAUCAGGAAUUAUUACCAUGGAAAUCAUAUUGCGGGAGCCAAUCUUAGUGAUACAACCCCACGUACAUUCGCUUCCAAAUUGCAGGCUAGAAGUCCAAAGUACAUAUCCUUACUCAACCAUCUUCGCAUAUAUUUACCGGAGCUAUUUCCAAACCUCGACAAGGUGGUAUUUUUGGAUGAUGAUGUUGUCAUUCAGCGAGAUUUGUCACCACUUUGGGAAAUUGACCUUGGGGGAAAGGUCAAUGGAGCAGUAGAAACUUGUAGAGGUGAAGAUGAGUGGGUAAUGUCUAAGCGAUUCAAGAAUUACUUCAAUUUUUCACAUCCCCUUGUAGCAAAGAAUUUGGACCCUGAAGAAUGUGCAUGGGCUUAUGGGAUGAACAUUUUUGAUCUUAGUGCUUGGAGGAAGACCAACAUAAGAGAUACUUACCAUUCUUGGCUGAAAGAGAAUCUGAAGUCAAACCUGACAAUAUGGAAGCUUGGAACACUACCGCCUGCUUUGAUAGCAUUUAAAGGUCAUGUUCAUCCUAUUGACCCAUCCUGGCACAUGCUUGGCUUGGGCUAUCAAAAUAGAACUGACAUUGAGAGUGUUAAGAAGGCUGCAGUUAUCCAUUAUAAUGGCCAGUCAAAACCUUGGUUGCAGAUCGGAUUUGAGCACCUUCGGCCAUUUUGGACAAAAUAUGUGAACUACUCCAAUGAUUUUGUUAGGAAUUGCCACAUCUUGGAAUCAUAGUUGGUAAGCUGGAGGAGCUAAAAAGAAGAUAUGGGACAGGAUUAAAAAAAAAAGAUGCAAUUGAUAUGGGUUUCAUGUAAGUUUUUUACAGCUCGAAAAUAUUUUUUCAGGGAUUCUCGAAAGACAAUCAGAAACUUGACCUGAAGGGCAAAACUUCCCAGGUAAAGAUUUGCUGUCAUCCCUAAUACUUCUGCAGAAAGUGACCAUAACCAUAAUCGUGAUCAAGGGCAUGAGAUUCAUUCUUUCAUUCUGUAACAUAGCAAUCCGUCCUUUAUUUUUUUGGUUGGAUAAAAAAAAAAGAAAGGAUAAUAUUAUUGGUCCUUUCUGCUGGGGUGUUGUUGAUUUUUUAGCUCAUAUUUUCUGAAUAAAAGUGAAGUACAGAAGAUAGAAACAAAGUGCCUAUGUCAAUGCCUCUAUGAUUUGCUGAUUGGUGCAUGGAAGAGGAAAGUUUAGAACAGGUCUUUUUUAUCAGGCUCACCUAUUACCCCCGGAUAUGUUUUUUUGUCCCUCAAAUUUUUUUUGUCCUUCUUUCUUUUGAAAUUUGUAUUGUCUUUCAUUUUUGUUAGUACCCAUUUCCCUUGCCUAAUUUGGUAUCCAUUAUUUGGUGAAUUUAGAAGUAGGUUCUGGGAGAUUGCUGUGUUACACAGGUUUGCUCUAUUUUUAUAGGUCCCAUUUGAAAUGGGAAGCUUAUUCUUAGGUCAUAUAUAAUUUAUAUUUUUAUAUAUAAUCGGUAUUUAUUUUGUACGAUGAUUCACGAGAGACAUUUGAAAUGUGCAGAAAAUUCUUUUCUCCCUAAA